CGCGUGUUUUGUGUGUAGUUUCACUUCCGCAUUACGCCGCUGUCUGUAGCCUGUUAGCAUCUCUAAGAAUAUCACACUUUCAACAAACCCUCAUAAGAUAACCUGGUAACUCUCCUUGAUAAAAUCAACGGCGUUAGCUUUGCUUCCUAAAGUCCACUGUGAUUUCAUAUUGUUUGCAUGAAACAAGCGCACUUUGGUGCUAAUUCACUGAACCAGGAAGCGAGGUUAGCGUAAGGAAGCUCGUUGCAACUUAUUCUGCCUUUAUUUUAAACAGUGGGCUCGAAUUAAACAGGAAACCGAUUUAAAGAAAAAGAAGCCAUGAAGCUGCUUAGAUUUCCCAGACGAAGCUUCGUCGUGUUGUGGGUCCUUUCCAUUCAGCUGGUGCUGUGUAGGAUGGGUGUGUUCGCUGGGGAUGGCACUAAGGCCUGCAAACUGCCCUUACAGUCUGAGUCUGAAAGCAAAGCCCUUAAUAACCUAGAACCACUGGCCAACCAGAACUUUACAGUGGACGUCACAGUCAACACUAGCAGCUACCGAUACGUGUUCCAGGUAUGUGGAAACGCAGGAGGUGUUCCUGGAGCCGGAGUCAUUCAAAUUAACCUGAAAGCACAGGAGAAGCCAACAGUUAUUGGCCGUUAUGACUCAACCAAAGCUAUUGGAGGCAGUGACUGGGUAAUGCUGAUCUACAGUAAUGGGGAUCCAUAUGACAACCACUGCAACAAGGAACCUAGAAAGGCCAUUAUCAUGAUCUCCUGUGACAAAAACACAGAAGCGGGUAAGUUAACGGUGGUUCUGGAGGACAAUAAAAAGCAGAAUGAUUGCUUUUACCUCUUCGAGAUGGACUCCAGUGCGGUGUGUCCUGUAGUUCAAUCCCGGCUCAGUGCUGGCUCCAUAAUACUUAUCAUUGGGUUCUGCCUUGUGGCAAUUUACCUUAUUGGAGGUUUUCUGUACCAGCGGCUGAUUGUUGGAGCCAAAGGAAUGGAGCAGUUCCCUAAUUAUGCUUUCUGGGUGGAAGUUGGGAACCUUACAGCGGACGGCUGCGACUUUGUGUGCCGCUCCAGAAACCGAGAGGAAGCUCCAGCUUACAGAGGAGUGACCAGUGAAGCUUUAGAGGAAGAGCCAGAAGAGAGAGACGACCACUUACUACCUAUGUGACCUUUGAAUAUUAAAAACCUGACAUUCAUUUUUCGCUGUGUGACACAUGUUGCGCUUUGAAAGCUUAGAUAAAGUUACUGGUGCACACAAGUGUGUUUUCUUUGCCUGGAUUACAUCAGUCCCCUGCUAAAACCUUGCUUGUAUUCUAGACUUGUGCCUCAAAGAAGGAUGUGGUACCUGAGAGGCUGAAGGCUGAUAUUCCUCUCAUAGUCAAAACAUUUCAGCUUUAGUUCUACUUUACCUUAAAACAAAGGGAUUUAAACUUAUUUGGAAAGGAAAAGUUUUUUUUUUUUUUUAUGGUAUAAAAAGAAUGUAAAAUAGCGAUGACUCAUGUUUCUGCUGAACUGAUGGCAGUGGUUGAAUGAUUGUGCAAGUAGCACCAAGAUGUUUAGGCAACCCUUGCUGCAGGCUGCAGGUUAAUCUUUGUGAACAGCUAGUUUGACCGAAACCGUUAAUUUUCAGCUCUAAUACAGUGGCAGUGAAUACAGCCUUGUGGCACGUGUACAGAGCAGAGGAAACAAAAAAAACCCCAAAGUUUAUGAAAAUCUAUUAGUUUGUUUUAUUUUAUUUUCCCCCAAAGUAAAAGACAGAAAAAAAGUUUGUACAAUAAUUAUGUUUUUUUUAAUGGUUAUUGGAUCUUUCAGGUGAAAGUUUUUUUGGGUUUUUUUAACCCAAAAGGUCAAAAAGAUGUAAAGAUCAUUGAAAUUAGUAGUGCAAUUGUUGUUCAACUUGAACGUUUUCACAAUGGUUUUUACUUUACAAAUCACAAUCAUUGGCACCCACUUAUAGAGAUGUGUAAAAACAAAACUAAGGAAUCAGCACUGGAGCAUCUUAUCUGAGCACAUGUUCGGGUAGGAUUAGUUGUUUUUUACUAAAUCAACAGUGGCACAAUUGGUGGUAACGUUAAAAGUCUAACUGAAGCAUUGAAAUUCAUUUACAAUUUUGAUAAUUGACCAGAUUGGCUAUAAAAUUUUAUUUAGUGAUCUAUUACUUUCCAUAUCCUCUUGUAAUAGAUGUAACUUGUGGAAAGGCUGAUCGAGGACUUGAUAUUCUUUACCCUACAGGUGCAUUCAGUCACAGGUGAAAUGUAAUGAAAGUUAGAACAGUUUCUCAGGAUUGUAAUAGAGAUGCAAAAUUAGGGCAUCUGCAUCUCCAGAACGACUUUUAGAAGCUGGCUACAUUACAGCCAGUAGGGAUAUUAAUAUAUGUAAGAAAAAAUAAUUUUCUGUCCUGCUAGCACACAUGUAAACAUAAAAUAAGAUUAAACCUUCCAUGGGAGUUUUCAAAAAGAAAAAGCAGCUCAUGCCAACUAUUAAGUAUGGCAGAGGAACUGUGAUGCUAUGGGACUGUUUUGCACUCCAACUGCACCUUGAUGUCACAGACUUUGAAAUACAACUUUAAUGUAAAAAAAAAA